AUGUCGGAACAACCUCGCAUUCCCGACGGCUCAGUGCUGGGCGAGUCCUGGGUGAUGGCGUCUACAGCCUCGGUUCAAGAUAAAGAUCUGAACAAACCUACCUCGUUCCCAAAAAAUGACCUGAGUGAUCUCCAGGAGCCAACGAGUCCGAGUCCCAAGCCGAGAUCUAGACCGGCGCGUAACAAGGACAAAGAUAACAUAGCAGAGUCAACAUCGUCGCUGACAUCCUCAUCAUGGACCGUAGCAGGCCCCGAGCUCAUUAUGCCUUCCAUCUACGAGGUCCCCAUUUCCGAGGCAUCAUGGGUUGCGCCUGGUAUUCGCCCCAAAGACCAAGCCUCCGUGAGGAAGAGAGGCAAACCAUCAGCUCGUGAUAAACAGCCCAAUACUGCGCCUGAGGUCCAAGACGCUGGCUCGUCUGUCCCAACACCGGCACAACCACGAAGCUUGAUCACCAAGCUCAAAGCAUUCUGUGGAGGUCAAACUACCCUCCGUACAGCACUCAACGGCCUUCUCAUCGCCUGCAUCUGUCAUUUAUUAGUCCUACCCGAGAUCAUCUAUCAGUUUCAAGAUCUCUGCCAUUUCCCCACUGUCAAAGGCACAUAUCCAGAUAGCUGCGUCCAACUCAAACCACGAAGCCACCCCUUCUACCCAUCAGCCAACCCAAUCACAUCUCCCGAGGAAACCAUCACAGCAUCCCAACAAGACCUCGAAUCUAUCUUCGAUACGGUCCUCCAAACACUCUCCCCUCUCACAAACACUCUCAAAGAAAGCGAGUCCAUGCUCCACGACUUGCAAGAGAAACUCGAAUCCACCUUCCCAGACGUGCGCAACGCCCUCGACCUAGAGUUCCAAGGAAGCGACCAGGCCAUCCGCGCCGCAGCCUGGGAGUUCGACUCAUUGCGCGCUGACCUCCGCUCCGCCGUUGAUAGCCUCCUCUCGUCCCCGCCAACCCAGGAGCCGACCGGCUCUGUCUCAAUUGCACGCGACACGCGCCUUGCAGCCCAGAUCCGCCGACGCGCAGAGUACCUCGACCGACUACGCGCUCAGAUCCGUACAAAAGCCGACUCACUUGGCACGCGGUUUAGCACAUUGGAUGACCACCUCGAGGCCGUGGAUGGAAUUGUCACACGGGAAGAACGCAAGGGCUCCCUGCUGGCCGCCGCGUCUGGUGGAGCAACAGCAGGAGCCGGAGGGGAGGACGGGACGGGCUUGUACGCACUUCUGAACUCGUUAUCAGGCUAUGCCUCUUUCGGAUCGCGAGUUUGGUCGCGAUCGACAGGUGACUCGUCAGCUCCUGGCCCGGACUCUGAUGGUCACGGGGAGAGAAAGCCUAAUCCGCAACCUGUCACGACCCUUGCGUCGCUCAGACUUGCGGCGACACACCAUCGACCCGUAGCUGAUUCGGUGGCAGGCCUGUCACGACAAUUGCGGGAUGUUCAGCGUGCUCGGUCGGGCCCCACUUGGUAA